CUUCCCCCACCGCACCCUCACCACGUUCGCUAUCCCGUCGCCCAUAGGGCACGUCGUGUGUUUACUUCAUUUCUUUCGUUAAUCUCUUUCCACCUCCCUAUUCGUAAUAAUGGCCGGUCCCGGUGGUGGUCCCCCUCGUCGGAGCCACACCAAGUCCCGGAAGGGAUGUGAGACUUGCAAGCGCCGCCACAUCCGGUGUGAUGAGAACUUCCCCCAGUGCCGCAACUGCACCAAGCACAAGAUCCGUUGCCCGUACAAUGAUGUGCCCGCUCCCGAGGACAGGGCUGGCUCGCCCGACAAGCCCGACCUGAUGUGGACGCCGGAGAUCGAGGCUACCAUCGACCAGUGGCGCCGCACCGGCAUGUUUCCGUUCCCCAGCCUGGGCAUCUAUCCGGCGCCCGCACCCGAGCUUCUGACCCUCGAGGACCUGCGCUUGAUCCACCACGUUGCCUCCAUCAGCCACCAGAUGCAGGAACUCGACGCCAAUGACUUCACCCUCUGGACCCAGCAGAUCCCUACAAUAAUCAGGAUCGGCGCGACCCACCGCUAUGUCUUGCACGCCCUGCUCGCCUUCUCCGCCAUGCAUCUCGCAUACCUGACCGGCUGCCCAGCCGUCGGAAACAUGGCGUAUGAGCAUCGCGGUGUCGCCUUGAAGGGACUGCAGGAAGCCAUCAGCACCUUCUCUCGGGAGACGUCGGAUGCCGUCCUGGCCGCUUCGCUGGUCCUCUCGUGGCAAGCCACAGAUUGGCGGAGCUGGACCCAACUCAUGCAGGGAACCUCAUCUGUUAUCGAGGCCAUGGAUCCCUGGAAACACGAGUCGCAGUUUGGCGACUUCAUUGCCGAGAGCAGCACCUUCCCGACCGCCCCGCCUUCGCCCACCCCGGACCAUCAGCCCAGCCAGCCUCGCGAGGAUGACAUGGAGGCCUUCCAGCGCGUCCUGCAGCAGCUCCAGAAGCUCGAGGCCUUCCUCAAGAAGAACCGCGAAGACACGAAACCGGUCGCCCAGCUCAUCACCUUCAUGAAGGGCUCCCGCAAGGUCACCUCGUCCCUGUCGGUGGCACAGCAGUUCGACCGCCUGAAGCCCCUGCGGACCUGGCUGUUCUGGCUGCCCGUCAUGUACCUGCAGCGGAACGGUGCAUCGCCAAGCGCCCUCGUCGUGAUUGCCCACUACUACACGGCCGCCCUCCUGAUGGAGCGUCUCUUCCCCGAGAUCGGCGCCGCGUACUUUGGGAGCAUGACCAUCGGCCCGGUCGAGGAGAUUGCUCGCCGCCUCUAUGCCAUCCGCAACUCGGGCCACCUCGAAGGGGACCUCCAGACCCCGCUCAACCUGAUGGAGUUCCCCAUCGAGACGGUCAACGAGUUCCGCUCCCGGAUGGGAUGGGUCCAGCCUGCGCGCACGCCGUCGUUCCCCCAGUUCGACCACUUCGACCAGCCCAACUUCUAUAUGAACGAAGGCUCGCCGUUGAUGUUGUCGGCCAACUUGUCUUCCGAGUACCUGCCGUACGGAGAGAACGUGGCUUUCAGCUACAGCACCGAGGAUUUGUCUGUCAUUCCCGAGUCUGGUCCUGCCAACGCCGUCAGCCCGCUCCAGCUGUCGUCGCCGUACGUGAACCCCCACUACCUCAACAUUCCCAGUCCGUCGUAUGGGGGUUACAGUCCGGCUUCGAGCACCUAUGGCGACUUUGGUGACGGGUCCCCAAUCGUCUACAGCGACGCCGAGGACAAUGGCACUUACGGUUAUACGGCUACAUCACCCAUGCUGGGCGGUCCCAACACUUAUGGCGUCGGGCCCUCCCAUCUGAGCACCAGUCCGGAUUGCCCGCCCCCUGAGGAUCUGUACGCUUGGUUACCAACCCAGCACCCGACUCUUGCCCCUUCGCCCUUCCUGGCCCCCGAGGAGUCCUUUCUGCCGAUUCCCGAGUCGCCCAGCUCCCAGUUUGCCCCUCUGGCCACCCGGGAGGGCAGUAGCAUGCCUGCCAACACCAUGCUCUCUGUGCCCUCCAGCCCCCAGGACAAACGGAAGGGCAAGGGCGCGUAGCCGCGCCAUCUCUCGUCCCCGCACCUGGUUACGAAUUUUUACGACCAUUUUCCUAGUUUUUUUGUCAAGCAUCCGAGCUGCUUGCUGGCUGCCUUUUUCACCUCAACACAGACGCAAUUGUACACCACCCUCCUUUUAGCGAUCACGCGCGCAACGCGCAACUCUCGACGAGACAGCAGCAACCCCACGGCAUUAUCAUGACGUGUUACACUCCUUUUUACGACUGCCACGAUCUCACCCUAAUAUUUAUU